CUCAGCAAUCACACACUCGCAGCUUUCAGUCAGCCACAAUGGUGAAAGGCCGCCAGGGGGAGCGUGUCAGGCUAUACGUCCGUGGGACUAUAUUGGGGUACAAGAGGUCGAAGUCGAAUCAGUACCCAAACACGUCAUUGAUCCAGAUCGAGGGCGUCAACACUCAAGAGGAAGUGGCGUGGUACCUCGGGAAGCGCAUGGCGUACAUUUACAAGGCGAAGGUGAAGAAGAACGGUUCCCACUACCGUUGCAUUUGGGGAAAGGUCACGCGGCCGCAUGGUAACAGCGGUGUUGUCCGCGCCAAGUUCAAGUCCAAUCUUCCCCCAAAAUCUAUGGGUGCUAGAGUGAGGGUGAUGAUGUAUCCUAGCAACAUCUAAGAGGUAUCUUUUUUCGCUUUUUGGAGAAGUCAAAUUGAUACCCAGAUGGCAUUUUUGCGAGUAGUAAAAGUUUUGUACCAUUGCUAAUCAAGUUGUCAUUAGAGUUUCACCUUGUUCUGUUUUACUUCUACUAUUAAAUAGAGAUUUUUCAGUGUUCCCUACUUUUUAUCAUUCGCAAAUGCAACAUUCAGUGAA